CCGUUAAGGCGUUCAAAGCGUUUGAUCGAAUAUACAAACGUAAUACUUUUUAAAAAAUAAAAAUGGAAAGUUAACAUAUAUGGCGAAGUUUCUUCGAAAACUCAAGAAAAAAACGGCACUUGAAUCAGAAAAUAACCUAAAAAAAAACAAACACUGUUAACUGAUAUGCUGAGAUGUGUCUAAUCUAAAAGAAGAAAGCAAAAAGGCCAAGAAAAAAGAUUAUUUGUUUUACAUUUUUUGUUCUUCUAAGAAGUGACAUUACAGUAGAGAUGUUUGUUGACUUUUACCGCAAACCUGUAAGACCAAACUCCACAAUUUGAAAACCCCUUAUGGCUAUCGCUGCUGUUGCAUUACUGGCUAUCUUGCUGUCUAGUUUCACCAACAUCAUUGCCAAAAACCAAGAUAUCCUCUGUACCCCUAACUCCACCAAGUAUGUUCGUCACCCGAUCGAUUGCAGACGUUGGUUCCGCUGUAGCUCAAAACCAAUGGUAGAAAUGCCUCGCUGCAUGCUCGGGAAGAGGUUUAGCUUGAAAACUUCGUCGUGUGUGGCAAUUACUGACCCUAACAAUGACUGUAGAGGGUUUUGCGUUCACAAAGGUGAUCAAUAUUUCAUUGGAGAAACUUUUAUGGGCCAAACAGUGUGUGACAAAUGCCUUUGUAGUGACAACAGAGGGACAAUAAUUUGCUCUAAUAUCUGCAAGAACGCAACAAAAUGUAUAAGAAAUGAACAUAUAUACGGAAUUGGAAUGUACUUCCUGGAGUCAGAUGGAUGCAAUACAUGUAAAUGCAAGCCAAAAGUCGGAAUUGUCUGCACCAACAUGACGUGUACUGUAGAUAAAGUAUUUUGUUUCUUUGGUAAAAACAUCUACGCUACUGGAGACAGCUUUGUACAUCCUGAUGGCCAGCGGAAUUGUGUUUGCCGAAUUGAUGGAACUGCAUACUGUAAAUUUCGUAAUAUCAAGCCAGUAUCCAGUGAUCCUAAUAAGUGUCUUUACAUGGGAAAAGAGUAUGAUAUUGGAGAUAUAUUUCCAUUUAACGACGUAUGUAACAUGUGUGAGUGCUUAGCAAAGGGAAGAUACGCUUGUUCAAAAUGGAACUGCCUUGAGAACCAUGACUUUGGAGCAUCUCUAAAACAGACGAAGAAAAACUGCACAUACAAGGGAAAAAUAUACAGAAUUACUGAGAUUUUCAAAGAUAGCGGUAGCUGCUCGGUAUGUUCCUGCUUGAUUUCUACAGAAGUCAGAUGUGUGAAGAAAAAUUGCACCAAGUUAAUUAGCAUUGGUAAGGUACAUAUACUAUCGGAAAAAAAAAAAUUCUGUACUUACAACGGACAAAAAUAUAAAGUCGCAGAAGUUUUCCUGGGUGAUAAUGGUUGCAGCAAAUGUUUUUGCCCAGCUUCCGGAAAAGUUAAAUGUGUGAAGAAAGCUUGUUCCAGAUUAAUUAGCGUUGUACAUAAAUCGCUACCGAAAAAGUUCUGCACUUACAAGGGACAUGAAUAUCGAGUUGCACAGGUUUUCCUGGGCGAUGAUGGUUGCAGUAAAUGUACGUGCCCGGUUUCCGGUGAAGUUACAUGCAUGAAACGAACUUGUGUCACAAUAAAGGAAGUAGUGACGACAUCAACAACAACGACAACAACAACAACAACGCCGAUUCCUUUCUGUAUGUACAACGGGUAUAAAUACGACAAAAAUGAUGAAUUCGCCGGUGUAGAUGGCUGCAGUAAAUGCUCGUGCAAGGAAUCCGGUGUAGUUACGUGCAUCAAGCAAAUAUGCUCCGAUUCAAACAACAAUCCCGCACCACCGAAGACGUCCUGCAUUUACAAUGAACGUACAUACGGAGAGGGAGAGGAAUUCGAGGGUGCAGAUGGCUGCAGCAAAUGUUUGUGUUCCGGUUCUGGUCUUGUUACAUGCAUGAAGCAAGUUUGCACCAAAUCAAGAAACGGUCAAGCAAUGAAACGUUCUUUAUCCACUACAAAGAAGAUAUACUUGUCUGAGUCGUGCACCUACAAUAAUGUUGUUUAUAAAAUUGGUGUCAAAUUCAUGUCUAUCAACGGCUGCGACACGUGUUACUGUAUGCUUUCUAAAGAAAUCAUUUGCACAAAGAAAAAAUGCAAUGCUGAAAAAUCAAGACAGAAGAAAACUUCCUCAGUAUGCCGCUACAAUGGACAAAUAUAUAUAUUUGGACAAACGUUCACAGCUGUAGAUAAAUGUAAUCAGUGCGGUUGCAAGGCCAACGGAAACAUAGUAUGCACCAAAACUAUAUGCCCUGCCACAACAACUAAAGCAAUUCCAAUAAGGAAGGGCGACACUUCUGCAAUUUGCCGUUACCAUGGAAAAAUAUACAUAUUUGGACAGACAUUUAUUUCUAUAGAUAAAUGUAAUCAGUGCAGCUGCAGGUCCAAAGGAAACGUGGAGUGUACCCAGAAAAUAUGCUCUCCACAAAGUGAAGCACAUCUUUUAGAAACUACAACAGAAAAGGUCAACCUUUACGCUGAAUGCCGCUACAAUGGACGCAUAUAUAUAUUUGGACAAACGUUCCCAUCCGUAGAUAAGUGUAAUCAGUGCAGCUGCAAGAACAAAGGAGUUAUAAGUUGUGGCAAGAAAACAUGCGCCCCUCAAAAAAUGCAAGCAGCAGAAAAAAUCGACAUUACUGUAGAGUGCCGCUACAAUGGGAAAUCAUAUGUAUUUGGACAGACGUUCCUUGCCACAGAUAAAUGCAAUCAGUGCAGCUGCAAAUCCAAAGGAAAAAUAGUAUGUGCCAAAGAGAAAUGUCAAGAAAAUACAGCGCAGAAGAGCAGGAAAUCUUCCUCAGUUUGCCGUUAUAAUGGACAAGUAUACAUAAUUGGACAGAUAUUUGUCGCUAUAGAUAAAUGUAAUCGUUGCAGCUGCAAGCCUCAAGGCAUUAUAAUAUGUACCAAACAGACAUGCCCACCCCCACAAAAGGAAGCUUAUCUUACAGAAUCUGGUGGUGAAAGAAAGAUCAACAUUUUCGCUGUAUGCCGCUACAAAGGACGCACUUAUGUACUUGGGGAAACGUUCACAGCCGAAGAUAAAUGUAAUGAAUGCAGUUGCAAAAGAAAAGGUGCAGUAAUAUGUACCAAAAAGCCAGUGUGUUCUCCAACAAUAGCAGAAAUUUCAGUAAAAUGCCACUACAAUGGCAAAACAUAUACCAUUGGAGUUACGUUUAAUGCUGCUGACAAAUGCAAUAAAUGCACUUGCAAGGCAAAAGGAAAUGUUGACUGUACCACAAAGAUAUGCGUUUUCUCAGAAACUCAUGAGAUAUCAGUAAAAUGCAAGUACGGAAUUAAAAUAUAUAUCGUUGGAGAGACGUUCCCAGCUGCUGAUAACUGCAAUAAAUGCAGUUGCAAACCCAAAGGAAUUGUAGAAUGUACGAAAAGAAUAUGCCUUUCCUCAGGAAGUCAAGAAACUACCACACACAAGAUCGACAUUUUCGCGGUAUGCCACUACUACGGACAUAUAUAUUUAUUUGGACAGUCGUUCAAAUCUGUAGAUAGAUGUAAUCAAUGCACUUGCCAGCGUAAAGGCAAUACAGUAUGCACCAAAAAAAAAUGCCUUCCAAUGAAUACACAAGGAACUGCCAUCACGCUCAUAUCAUGCCACUACAAUGGAAAGGUCUACAAAUUUGGGCAAACAUUCGCAGCCAUAGAUAAAUGUAAUCAGUGCGCUUGUAUGACCAAAGGAAGUGUAGUGUGUACUAAAAGGAUUUGCCUUAGCACAGGAAUUCAAGUAACUAAACUAGAAUGCCACUACAACGGAAAAGUAUACAUAAUUGGAAAAACAUUCAUGGCCAUUGAUAAAUGUAAUCAGUGCACUUGCAAGUACACUGGGGUUGUUUUAUGCACCGAAAAGAUAUGCCCUCUCACGGAAAUUGCAGUAACUAAAAUAGAAUGCCGCUACUACGGUAAAGUAUACAUAUUUGGGCAAACGUUCAUAGCCAUAGAUAAAUGUAAUCACUGCACUUGCAAGUCCACUGGAAUUGUUGCGUGCACCGAAAAGAUAUGUUCUCUCUCAAAAACUACAGUAACUAAAGUAGAAUGCCGCUAUGAAGGAAAAAUAUACGUAAUUGGGCAAACAUUCAUAGCCAUUGAUAAAUGUAAUCAGUGCACAUGCAAGCCCACUGGUGACGUUUUAUGCACCGAAAAGAUAUGUCCUCCCACAAAAAUUACAGUCACUAAAAUAGAAUGCAGCUACAACGGAAAAAUAUACGUAAUUGGGCAAACGUUCGAAUCCGCAGAUGAAUGCAAUCAGUGCAUUUGCAAGUACACUGGAGCUGUUAUAUGCACCGAAAAGAAAUGCCCUUUCUCAAAAACUAAAGUAACUAAAAUAGAAUGCCGCUACUACGGAAAAGCAUACAUCAUUGGACAAACGUUCGAAGCCGUAGAUAAAUGUAACCAGUGCAUUUGCAAGUACACUGGAGCUGUUGUAUGCACCGAAAAGAUAUGCCCUUACUCAAAAAUUACAGUAACUAAAGUAGAAUGCCACUAUGACGGAAAAGUAUACGUAAUUGGGCAAAUGUUCAUAGCCAUUGACAAAUGCAAUCAGUGCACAUGCAAGCCCAGCGGAGAUGUUUUAUGUUCCGAAAAGAUAUGUUCUCACUCAAAAACCACAGUAACUAAAGUAGAAUGCCACUAUGACGGAAAAGUAUACGUAAUUGGGCAAAUGUUCAUAGCCAUUGACAAAUGCAAUCAGUGCACUUGCAAGCCCAGCGGAGAUGUUUUAUGUUCCGAAAAGAUAUGUUCUCACUCAAAAACCACAGUAACUAAAUUAGAAUGCCACUAUGACGGAAAAGUAUACGUAAUUGGGCAAACGUUCAUAGCCAUUGACAAAUGCAAUCAGUGCACUUGCAAGCCCAGCGGAGAUGUUUUAUGUUCCGAAAAGAUAUGUUCUCACUCAAAAACCACAGUAACUAAAGUAGAAUGCCACUAUGACGGAAAAGUAUACGUAAUUGGGCAAACGUUCAUAGCCAUUGACAAAUGCAAUCAGUGCACUUGCAAGCCCAGCGGAGAUGUUUUAUGUUCCGAAAAGAUAUGUUCUCACUCAAAAACCACAGUAACUAAAUUAGAAUGCCGGUACUACGGAAAAUUAUACUUAAUUGGUCAAACGUUCGUAGCCGUAGAUAAAUGCAAUCGGUGCACUUGCAAGUCCACUGGAGUUGUUGUCUGCAGCGAGAAGAUAUGUCCUCUCCCAAAGACUACAGUAACAAAAGUAGAAUGUCACUACAAUGGAAAAGUAUUCGUAAUUGGGCAAAAUUUCAUAUCUAUUGAUAAAUGUAAUCAGUGCACUUGCAAGCCCAGUGGAGAUGUUCAAUGCACAGAAAAGAAAUGUUCUACCCCAAAAACUACAGAAACGAAAGAAUGUCGCUACUUCGGAAAAGUAUACUUUAUUGGGCAGACGUUCAUAGCCAUAGAUAAAUGCAACCAGUGCACUUGCAAGUACACUGGAGCUGUUGUGUGCACCGAAAAGAAAUGUUCUCUCUUGAAAACUACAGGAGUCAAAUUACAAUGCCACUACUACGGAAAAGUAUACAUAAUUGGGCAAACGUUCAUAGCCAUAGAUAAAUGCAAUCAGUGCACGUGCAAGCCCACUGGAGCUAUUGUAUGCACCGAAAAGUCAUGCGCUGCUUUAAAAAAUGAAGUCUUCCUUUCAGAAAAUACAACACCGAAAAUUGAAAUUUUAUUCAACUGCCACUACAAUGGGAAAACAUUCGUAUUUGGACAAAGCUUCUCAUCUGCAGAUAGAUGUAAUACGUGUAGUUGCAAGAACAAAGGAACCGUCACGUGUACCAAAAAGCUUUGCUCUGCCUCAAAAAAUAAAGUAACUACAACAACAUCGAUUAGCAGCACACUCAGAGUGUGUAACUACCGUGGAAAAUCGUUCAGAAUUGAGGAGACGUUUUUAGCUGAAGAUAAAUGCAAUCAUUGCACUUGCAAGACUGAUGGGAAUGUAGUUUGUACGAGAAAGGCGUGCUCUAACGCUACUGAUGAAGGAAAACCAAAAAGUUCCCCAAAAUGUUACUACCAUGGAAAAAUAUACGUAAUUGGGCAGGCAUUUAUAGCUAUAGAUAGCUGUAAUCAGUGCAGCUGCAAGACAUAUGGUAAAGUAGUGUGUUCCGAAAAGAAAUGUCCUUCUUCCACAACUCCAGAAACUACAGCAAAAAAGAAAGAAAUGACCGUAAUAUGCCGUUACCAAGGACAUCUAUACAUAUUUGGGCAGGUAUUCAUGACUAGAGAUAAAUGUAAUAAGUGCAGUUGCAAGUCCAAAGGAAAAGUAAAGUGCACUGAAAAGAAAUGUACCUCCGCAACAAUCCCAGAAACUACAACACAGAAGAAAGAAAGUUCCGAAAAAUGCUACUACGAUGGGGAAAUAUACAUACUUGGGCAGGUAUUCAUGGCUAAAGAUCAAUGUAAUCAGUGCGGUUGCAAGACUAAAGGAAAAGUAGAGUGUACACUAAAGAAAUGUCCUCCCCCAACAACUCCAGCAACUACAACUGUAGAAUGCCGGUACGAAAAACAAGUAUACAUGUUGGGAGACAUAUUCAUAGCCGUAGAUAAAUGUAAUAAGUGCAGUUGCAAAGCCAAAGGAAAAGUGGAAUGCACAAAACUGAAAUGUUCUCUCUCAACAACUACAGAAACUACACUAAAGAAGAUCGAGACUUUAUUUAAAUGCUUCUACAAUGGACAAGUGCACACAUUUGGGGAAGUAUUCAUAGCCGUAGAUAAAUGUAAUAAGUGCAGUUGCAAAGCCAAAGGAAAAGUAGUGUGUUCAAAAAAGAAAUGUCCUUCCUCAUCAACUCCAGAACCUACAAAAUGCUACUACAAUGGAAAAAUGUACAUACUUGAACAGAUAUUCGUAGCUGUAGACAAAUGUAAUCAGUGCAGUUGCAAGCUCAAAGGAAAAGUAGAGUGCACCGAAAGGAAAUGUUCUGCCACAACAGCUGUAGGAGCUACACUAAAGAACGACACUUCCUCAAAAUGCGAGUACAAUGGUCGAAUGUAUAUAGUUGGGAAAGUAUUCGUAGCUAUAGAUAAAUGUAAUAAUUGCAGUUGCAAGCCCAAAGGAGAAGUAGAUUGUACAAAAAAGAAAUGUCCUGUUCCAACAACUCCAGAACCUACGAUACAGUUUAAGGAAUUUGCCGUAAAAUGUUACUACAAUGGUAAAAUAUACAUGUCUGGGCAAUUAUUCAUAGCUGCAGAUAAAUGUAAUAAUUGCAGUUGCCAGUCCAAUGGAAAAGCAGUGUGUUCCGAAAAGAAAUGUCCUCCCUCAUCCACUCCAGAAACUACAAAACAGAAGAACGAGACCUCGGGAAAAUGCAGCUACAAUGGACAAGUAUACAUGUUUGGACAGAUAUUCAUAGCUAUAGAUAAAUGCAAUAAUUGCAGUUGCAAGUCGAAAGAAAAAGUAGAGUGUUCCGAAAAGAAAUGUCCUCCCUCAACCACUCCAGCAACUACACCUCAGACGAACGAAACUUCCGCAAAAUGCAGCUACCAUGGACAAAUAUAUGCAUUUGGCCAGAUAUUCACAGCUGUAGAUAAAUGUAAUAAUUGCAGUUGUAAAUCCAAAGGAAAAGUGGAAUGUACCGAAAAGAAAUGUUUACCCUCAACAACUCCAGAGACUACGACACAGAUAAAAGAAAAUUUCUUUCUUUGCCGCUACCACGGAAAUGUAUACAUUAUCGGGCAGACGUUCACCGCUGAAGAUAAAUGUAAUACUUGUUCUUGCAAAUCCAAUAGAACUAUAACAUGUACUGAACGAAAAUGCACUUCAGGAAAAAGUCAAGGUCUUCUUUCAGAUAUUACAACACAGAAGAUCGAUAUUUUAAUUGAAUGUAACUAUAGUGGGAAAACAUACAAAUUUGGGCAGACGUUCAUAGCAGUGGAUAAAUGCAAUCAGUGCACCUGUAAGACCAAAGGAAAUGUAACAUGUACCACAAAGACAUGUCCUCCCAAAACUUCUGAAGUAACUACAACCCAGAAAAUUGACAUAUUCAUUGAAUGCCUUUACAACGGAAAAACAUACCAAUAUGGGCAGACGUUUUUAGCUGUCGACAAAUGUAAUAAGUGCAGUUGCAUGACCAAAGGAAGUAUAAUUUGUUCCCAAAAGAAGUGUCUGUCUUCAGCAGCUCAAGAAACCACAACACAGAAGAUCGACAUCUUCGUAGUAUGCCGCUACAAUGGUCAAAUAUUCAAAUUUGGGCAAACAUUCACAGCUAUAGAUAAAUGUAACAAGUGCAUCUGCAAGCGCAAAGGAAAUAUAGUGUGUACUAAAAAUACAUGCCUUUCCGCACAAACAGCUCCACGUUCGACAACCACUGCGAAACCAUUCAAACUCCACACGAAUACUGUUUCUUGUGUAUAUGAAGGUUACGUCUACACAGUGCAUGCUACUUUCCUUGCCCGAGAUGGCUGUAAUCAGUGUUCUUGUAUGUACAACGGCAAGGUACUUUGUACCAAGAAACCAUGCUCAAUAUUUUCAGCUAUGGUCGGAGAACGUUCGCCAUCUCAAACCAACGCUGGGACUAAGUGCAGCUACCAUGGAAAGAUAUAUAAGAUAACGGAAACAUUCGUGGCGAUAGAUCAAUGUAAUUCCUGUGAAUGCAUAUUCCCGGGACAAGUAUUAUGCACUCAUAACAUUUGUGAACAAAGUAAAGGUAAGCGCGCAGAAGCUCAGGCAUCUCAAAUCAACAAGUACCCUAUAAUCAACCUUGAAAUGAAAUGCUUCUACCAUGGAAAGAUUUAUAAAAUAACAGAAACAUUUAUAUCAGUCGAUGAAUGUAACUCCUGUGAGUGCAUAUAUCCUGGACGAGUGAUUUGUGGUCAGAGCAUUUGUGAAGAAACGAUAGUCGCUAAACCUAUGCCGAACCCUUCACUUACAGUGGCUUUGACGUGUGAAUAUGAUGGUGUUACAUAUAAAGCAGGCAUUUCAUUUAUCAGUGCUGAUGGUUGCAAUAAAUGCCGAUGUACACCACAAGGGAAAAUCGCCUGUUUGAAAAGUGUGUGUCCCGCUAAAGUUUUCACAGAGAGAAAAGAAACAAUGCAUAUUAAAUUAAAUCCAAACCCUCUAACUAAGUCAUAUACGUGCCUGUACAAUGGCUUUUUCUUUGAAGUUGGUGAAGUUUUCAAUUCAGUUGAUGACUGUGAUACUUGCGAAUGUAAGAAAACGAAGCAAGUAGUUUGUACUAAAAACACUAAAUGUCUUCCAGUUAUCCAAAUUCCACCAACUGCAAAACUCGAAUGUAGAUUUCAAGGCAUCUCCUAUAAAAUUGGUACAGUGUUUGUCUCAAAGGAUGGCUGUAGUACAUGCAAAUGCUCGACAGAGUUGCGCAUAAUGUGCAGUGACAGUUUUUGUAUUCCCAAGAUAGAAAAACAACCGACAACUACAGUUCCACUUCCUGUUGUCACAUCUGUUGUUUACUGCAAACAUGACGGUGCCUUUUAUAGAUUUGGAAGAAUCUUUCACGCAGGAGAUGGCUGUAAUUUAUGUGGCUGUUCGCUUCUAGGAAAAGUAAUCUGUACCAAAAAAUCGUGCAACGAGAUGCAUAAACCAACACUCCCACCGUUUCCAUUAAAGACAGAAAUGUUUCUGAAUAUGUGCUUCUAUAAGGGCCGCCUGUAUAACCUUGGAUCUAUGUACACUUCCGAAGAUGGCUGCGUUCGCUGUGUUUGCAGGUCUAAGAAGUCCAUGCAGUGUAAGAAAAACUCCUGCGCUAACUCAGGAAAGUCGAAAGCAUCAGUAACUGUAAUGUGCAAGUCUGAAAAUGCAUGUUAUAGUGUUGAUUCUAUCUUCAUAACUAUUGAUGGAUGCAGUUCCUGUCGCUGUCAAAAGAGUGGAAAAGUUCGUUGUACCAAAAUUUGUGGUUGGAAAAGCAAAAAAGGAGCCAAAAAGCGCAAUUUGGUAAAGUGCGUCUACGAAAUGAAAGUCUAUUAUGCAGGCGCUAGAUUCUUGUCCAAAGAAGGCUGCAAGACAUGUUUCUGUUUGACCAGUGGCAGUGUAUAUUGUACCAGUGGAAAUUGUAAAGAAAAACCCCGAAAGAAAUUAACGUGUACUGGUGAGCAAGCUAAGAAAAUGACUUCAUCUUGGUAUGCUUUGGAAGGUAAUAGCGAGGAGGAUGAAUUUGUAUACUAAAACAGUCAAGACUUUUACCCAAAAUCUCUAAUUCCUUCACAAGGUUCAAAUGUGGUAGAAAGACUUCUCAUGAAUUCUAUUUCAGUUUUUACUUCACUAUUUAACAAACAGGAAUUCAAGAUUUUGUCUUGUUACUCAUGAAAUGCUUUAUCUAAAUCAACAGGAAGAAUUACAUUGUGAGAAAUAGCUACAGAUAAAUAAUACCUGCUUUGAACUAUGUACAUACUCCAAUAUAAAAUUCCAUUUUGAACUGAAGGAUAAAACUAAAAAAAAAAAAAAAUUGGAAACUUUUGCAGAAAUCGUGUGUAGUGUCAUUACUUUUUUAAGCUUUAGCAAUAAAACAAAUACAAAUGA